AUGAAGGAGGAAGUGCCGCCCGACGCUUCCGCCGGGACGUCCUCCUCCAGGCCCGCGGACCACUGCGUCUCGCGCCUGCUCAGCGCCGUGGAGAGCGAGCUACAGGCAGGGCGCGAGAAGGGAGACCCCACCGAGAGACGGCUCCGCGUGACGCUGGAGGACAGCCAGCUGUGGCGGAAGUUUGAUGACGUCACCAACGAGAUGAUCGUCACCAAGAGCGGCAGACGUAUGUUUCCUGUGCUGAAGGUCAGUGUGUCGGGCCUGGACCCCAGUGCCAUGUACUCCCUCCUGCUGGACUUCGUAGCGAGUGAUACCUGCCGCUGGAAGUAUGUGAACGGGGAGUGGGUGGCGGCGGGGAAGGCAGAUGGGCGGAGUCAGGGGGGGGUGUACAUCCAUCCUGACUCUCCCAACUUUGGAGCUCAUUGGAUGAAAGCAGUGGUGACCUUCAACAAGGUCAAACUGACCAACAAGGUCAACGGAGGAGGACAGAUCAUGUUGAAUUCCCUCCAUAAAUACGAGCCCCACCUCCACAUCGUCAGAGUUGGCCCCACCCAUCACCACCUGGUGUCAAAGGUCACCUUCAGUGAGACGCAGUUCAUUGCUGUAACUGCUUAUCAGAAUGAAGAGAUUACCGCUCUGAAGAUCAAAUAUAACCCCUUUGCCAAAGCCUUCCUGGAUGCCAAGGAGAGGUAG